AUGACCUACAAGGAUCAACCUUGGGAGUGGACAUUGCAGCAUGCGCGCGCGAUUGACCAACUGAAAGAAGCCUUGGUAAAUGCACCGGUACAACGUACUUUGAUGCAAACAAGGAUACUGAAAUCUCGGUCGACGCCAGUCCUGUUGGAUUAGCUGCCAUUCUCUCGCAAGUGGACAGAAAGACCGGUACCCACCACAUCGUCACCUAUGCCAGUCGUUCCUUGUCUGAGACAGUGACAAUCUAUACCGAUCACAAGCCUCUAGUGUCCAUCUAUGGCAACCCAAGUUCUAAACCUCCUGCAAGAGUAGAGAGAUGGGCUCUCCGACUUCAGCCUUACCAACUGACAGUCUGUUACCGAAAAGGAGAAGGAAACCCCGCAGAUUACUUGUCACGCCACCCCUCCAAACAACCAACCACAGCUAGCUGAGAACAAAAGAUCACAGAAGAGUAUGUUAAUUACAUCACCGUGACCUCAACCCCAAAAGCACUAACGGUCCAGGAAAUUGAAGAAGCUACCAAAGCUGAUGCGACCUUGCAAGCAGUAUCCAAGGCAACCGAGACAGGUAAUUGGCAAGAAGGACCUAAGCAAUCGGAUGUGGACAGCGUAGCUUAUACCGCGUGGCAGAAGGUAAAAGAGGAGUUGUCAGUAGGUGUGACAGCCCAGAUAAUUCUUCGAGGAACAAGAAUAGCUGUUCCCAGAAAACUACAAGAGCGCGUAGUAAACUUAGUACAUGAGGGACACCAAGGAGUUGUGAAGACAAAGUCACUUCUGCGUGAAAAGGUAUGGUUCCCUGGCAUCGACAAGUUGGUAGAAAAGAAAGUCGAGUCAUGUUGUGUGUGUUUGAUCUCAACUCCAGAGUCUAAACGUGAACCUCUCAAAAUGUCUCCACUACCGAAAGCCCCAUGGUCGGAAGUUAGCAUGGAUUUUGCGAAGCUUCCAAACAGCGAGUAUCUCCUGAUAUAA